AUGGGCUGGUCCUAUACGGGCAGACACGUCCCUGCGGAGAUACAGGCCACAAUUGAGGAUGCACUCGAGGUGCUGAGCCUAGAAGAACCCGGAGCCAGAGAAUAUUUUAUGCACUCCGUCCUCUGCGACUGGCCCGACGACGUGUGCCUCACCAUCGUCGCGCGGAUCUUUGAAGCCAUGAAGCCCAGGUACAGCAAGUUUAUCGUAUAUGAGAUUGUGAUACCGGCUACGGGAGCUGAUUGCCAGGCGACUGCUGUGGACUGGAUGAUGAUGGUCAUGUUCUCAUCUAGUGAGCGAACUGAGGACGAUUGGCUGUCGUUCUUCGAGCGCGGCGGGUUGAAGGUACGCAAUAUCUGGAGCAUGGAGAACAUCCUGGAGAGUUUGAUUGAAUGCGAACUGGCCGCCCCUGACCCGUACCGUUCGAUGUCCACGUGUGUCUAG